CCUAACCAUCCUCUCUCUCCUCCUUCCAGAAUUAUCCACGAGUCUGGCUUCACCAUCGAGGACUUCAAGCAGUACCGACCCGUCGUCUACUCCAACACCAUCCAGUCCCUCGUGGCCAUCCUGCGCGCUAUGCCCAACCUCGGGAUCUCCUUCGGCAACAACGAGCGAGAGCCCGACGCUAAGAUGGUGUUCGACGUCAUCUCCCGCAUGGAGGACACGGAGCCGUUCUCGGAGGAGCUGCUGUCGGCCAUGAAGCGCCUCUGGGCCGACACGGGCGUGCAGGAGUGCUUCGGGCGCUCCAACGAGUACCAGCUGAACGACUCCGCCAAAUAUUUCCUGGACGACCUGGACCGUUUGGGCGCCAAGGAAUACCAGCCCACCGAGCAGGACAUCCUGAGGACCCGCGUCAAGACCACUGGCAUCGUCGAGGUUCACUUCUCCUUCAAGAACCUGAACUUCAAAUUGUUUGAUGUUGGUGGCCAGCGUUCAGAGCGGAAGAAGUGGAUCCACUGCUUUGAGGACGUGACAGCCAUCAUCUUCUGCGUGGCCAUGUCGGAGUAUGACCAAGUGUUACAUGAAGACGAAACCACAAACCGCAUGCAGGAGUCACUGAAGCUCUUUGACUCCAUCUGCAACAAUAAAUGGUUUGGGGAGACUUCCAUCAUCCUUUUCCUCAACAAGAAGGAUCUUUUUGAAGAGAAGAUCAAGAGGUCACCGCUCACCAUUUGUUUCCCAGAGUACACCGGUUCCAUGGAGUACAACGAUGCCUCAGCAUACAUCCAGGCCCAGUUCGAGGCCAAGAAUAAAUCAACGAACAAAGAAAUCUACUGCCACAUGACCUGUGCCACCGACACCACCAACAUCCAGUUUGUGUUCGAUGCCGUGACAGAUGUGAUCAUUGCCAACAACCUCCGCGGGUGUGGCCUUUACUGAGGUGCCUGUGUGAGCGUGCCAGGUUGUAGAAUUUCCAUUUUUAUUACUCGGGACAGUCCAUACCCAGAGGCAUAACCUUGGACUAAGUAAGAUCCUAAUUCUAUCAGCUGACACUGUAAUUCAAACAAGUUGUGGUGGCAGAGAAGUUUUUCUGAUGUAUUAGAGAUAAUAUCCAGGAAAGGGAAAAAAAAUAUGAACUUAAUUGCUAAAAAUUUGCAUCAAUUCCUCAUCUCCAAGAUUCAGAUUGAUUUAAUCAGAUAGAAUAAAUACAAAACUGGCAAGGUUAGUGGGAGAUAUAGCCUUUGUUUCUCUUUUUUUCUCCUGUUUCAAGUAUUUUGCCAUGACUUCACUAAAGCGAAUGUUUUUUUAUAAACUUUCACCAAACUGCUACAAAACUUUUCAUGAGAAGGUGAACCACGACAACUGUUCAGUAGCUGUGGGAGGGAGUGGCUCCGAGCCGUGGGGUCAUUUUCUGUUCUACUCUAAGAUUUGUUUUUCAUCUUGCUCUACUUUCAUUUUACGUGAGUUUUCUCUGAAUUUUGGUUCACAUCAGAGAGUCAGUCAGUUUAUUCUAUACAAAGUUUACUGUUACUUUGUACUUUUCAAAAGGUUCAUUCAUAUCCUUAUAUAUUUUUUCUGCUGACUGAAGGAAACCAGUUUGUAUAUCUCAUGUUCCUUAUUCUAGAUUUUUUUUAAGUGAUAUUUUUUUUAAUUUCUUCUCCAGAUUUUCCCUACUUCACAUGUCAAGUUUAUGAGAGCCUGUAGUGUAUUUUCUACAAUAUAAGUGUUCUUCAUGGUCAGUGCAAAUCAGCCUAGUGAGUGUUUUUAUUGCACUGAGUUAAUGACAUUCCAUAUAUUUAAUAUUUAUGCUUAAAUACAUCUUGUAAUUUACAUUAGGAAUUGAUAUACUACACAUUGCUUCCUUCUCAUUGCAUUUUAUCUUGCAUAACUUUCAACCUUUUCUAUGUGCAGGCCUGCUUGAAUAAUUAUCUGCCUGUCUGUCCCUCUCUGUCUGUUCUGUUGCUCAUUCCUGGAUGGGCCCCGGAAGAGUGGCCUAUUUCACUAGUUUAUCCAUAAGAUAUGCAGCUUGUGUGCUUCACUCCUUCCCCUCUCCCAUCCUCCCAAUAUCUACAUGUAAAUGUAAAUGUCUAUCAUCCCAUUGAUUUAUGUAUGUGUCAGCUCAGAUAUCUGACUGGAAAGUUAAAUGCCAUUAGAUUUCGUGCUUAACAUCCUGGGCUGCUGUGCGCUUGGGUUGAUGGAAAAUGCUUCUUCGGUUUUUAUUUUUUUACACCCUGUAUUAGCAAAAUCUAUUAGUGAAUGAAAAGUGAAGUCAUUAUCAAAAGUAUUACCAAUAAUUAAAUAAUUAAUAGUGAAGACCUUCAUAAUGAUUUAAAUGUAUUAGUUUUUAUAUUAUUUUUAAGCAGUGGAGAUGUAUAUGAUAAAAGUAUAUUGGUUGUGCCAUUAGAAAAAAAACACUGACUGUGAAGAAAAUUUCAGUGUUGAUAAUCAUAGGAAAACUGUAACGGAAAUGAAAACAAAGUGAGAUACCUUCCAUGGAAGUGCAACAACACAAAUGUUUCUUUUUGACAAGCUAAGCUGUUCUUAUAUCAAUUAAUUAAUACACUCAAAGUGUUUCAUACUGUACAGCUCACUAUUUGAAAAGUGACAUCUUUAAAUACAAUGUUAACUUGAUGCACGACAAACAGUUCUCACUAACUUGGAACUCAUCUUUGCUGUUAUCUAGGAAAUGAAAACUGGGCGCCAUGAGGCAGCCGUACUCCUCCUAGCCUGACAUUUCUCAUGAUCAUACUGUCCAAGGGUUCACAACACAUACUUGCCUCUGUGAUUUUUGCCAUGACUGUUGUUGAAACUAACUUGUUUUCUACCUUCAUGAGUGAUAAUACAGAGGAUUCCAGCCAGUGUCACACUCAGAGCUGGAAACUAGCUGGCUCUAAAACUGUGACACAAGUAGUAGUUUAUAUAGGCAAGGCCUUUAGGAGUCAUACAGGUUAGUAAACACGAAGAUAAAUCAUAGAAAACAAUAGUAAGGAUGUCUUUGGAAUAUCAGAGUCAAUCUGCAUUCAAAAUUUCUCAUUCUAAACUUUAUCCCAAUAAGGUUGUGAUUAGUUACAUAAACAGAUAAAAUAUUUCUGGUUGAAUGCAAAUGGCUUUUUCAAUUGUUAAGUGCUGUGUUGAGCACUACAUAGAUGAAAGAAAGUGGCUCUUGCAAAUCCAAUAGGUAUAGUUUCUUUCACUAUCAUCCACCGUUCAUUGAGGGAAGAUUUUGUGACUUCCCUUAUCAUAUUGUACAAACUGGAUAACAUGAUCAUUAGUUUCAACGGUUUGCUCUUAUAUAACUUUUUAUCUCUGUACAGAACGUGAUCAUGUUCUCCUGUUUAGCGAGUACAUUAUAGGAGGGAAUUAUCGGUGCCGCGGCCAGCCUCGCAUCCUGGGCUCACCGGGCAGGAGGUGGUGUUGCUGCUCGGUGCUAGGAUGACGAGAUGACGAGAAUGCUGGCCAAGGUUUUUUUGCAGUGAGUUUUGGGACGUAAUAGAUUUCCUUCAAUGUAGCAUUAACUCUAACCUGUUUAGCACUCUAGGUUAUGUGUGUGUAUAUGUGUGUGUUUGUAUGUAUGUGUGUGUGUGUGUGUGUGUGUGUGUGGGUGGGUGGGUGUGUGUGCUGUAUUAUCCAGUUUUUGCACUUCAAAUUUUACUGUGCUUUGUCCCUGAGAGACAAGAAGAAUAUUGAAUUAGUGGUGGAUCAAUCAGACAAGUUGUCUAGGUACUUGCCUCUUGCCGCCUACCACAGCGGUCACAGCUUGACAAACCCACAAAACAGGCAUCAAGUAUAUGUAUCACAUCCCUUUUGAUAAGACUCACUUGCUUUGGAACAGAAAUAUAUGUAAAAGUUCUGUUCAGUAAAUCAUCAAAAAGUAAUUCAAAAUAUUUGCCGAAUGUUGCAUCAAUACUAAAAACUGUCGAUGAAAGUGACACAAAAGUAUUCACGUUUUGAAGUAAUUGCUUGUCCUGGACUGUGUGUUGACAUGUGUUAUAUACUGAUAUUUCUCUUUCAAAAGUAAUCAUUAUAUAUAUAUAUAUAUAUAUAUAUAUAUAUAUAUAUAUAUAUAUAUAUAUAUAUAUAUAUAUAUAUAUAUAUAUAUAUAUAUAUAUAUAUAUAUAUAUAUGUACACUUAGUUUGUAAGGAUGUCUUAUAAUCCCAGAUGUUAAACCGGAGAAUGAAAGAUCAAUAAUAUAAGGUUGAAAAAUCCCUUAUUUAUUUAUAGUCUUGCUAGAGUUGAUUUUGUCGUUGUGUAGCUUAACUAACGUAAAUAUAAAUGUUAAUGUUAAAUAACCCAUCCUCUCAUUGUACUGUAAGUUAUCUGCUCAGUUUUGUACAGCAUUUAUCUAUGUAGGUGUUCUCCAUUUAUGUCUCCUAGAAGUCAAUAUUGCCUUUGUUGAAAGACUUGGGUUUGAGUCUGUACAACCCUAGCUUCCCUAGGGCCCCCCAUUAGGCAUUCCCGUGGUGAGCAAUGUACUAGCCGAGAGAUGUGUAGCUGAGGCUCAGUUUGUAUCAGACUGAACAAGUGAUAUAAAUGUCAAAUAUUU